AUGGCCGCGCCCGCCAGGUCGCCUCAUCGUCGGAGGUCAGCUUCGCCAGGACGGGAGUUCACCGUUUCUGUCGAGACGUACAUUCCGCCCGGGGCCACGUUACGCGCUAAGCCCCCGCGAAAGAAAUCAGAGAGUCGCGAUUGGACUGCUUCCGGGAACGAUGAUCCUAGGAAACUGAAAGAGAAGUCAAGCUGGUUGGGCGCACCGCGAGGGGUCGCGACCUCUGGACAUUGGCGGCAGGCGAAGUGUAGACUCACAGAAGACGGUGCUCUAUGUCAGCUGAAGGUAUACGUCGAUGAAUCUAUACUCUACCAUUCCACCGCCGUCAACCAGCUCCAUCAUACCGACAUACGCUUGGCUGAUAGCUCGCUGUUCUUUCGCAAGGAUGUCAUUGUGAUAUCCCUCCCUCCAGGAAGGCCGGGCACUGCGCAGCCGGAGCCGCUUUACCUCAAGUUCUUCGCCACCGAACUGUGCAAUGCUUGGCUCGUACUACUGCGCUCUUACGCUGUUGCGGAAGUCUAUGGCAGGCAUCUGUUCCCUCAAGAUGGUGGUGCAUACCGUAUGUGGCGACAGGUCGACAUGACCGUCAUGCAAGGCCGCAAUCUCGGGUGCUCCAAGCUUUAUAAUGGGGCUGGAUCCGACGCCCGAAACAGUGUCGAUUGUCCACCUGAGGCUGACACCCAAGAGAUCGACGUAACCUGCGACAUCCAUAUCAAUGACAUGCUCUGUGGGCGUACCACCGUCAAGAAGGGCGCUGUUUCUCCUGACUGGCACGAGACCUUCUUGUUAUCGGACCUACCUCCCUUCGAAACGUUACGUAUCGUCGUCUGGCGCGAGAAGAAGCUUUUCAAGCCGACCAUUCUGGGCAGCGUACACGUCACCCUCAGCAACUUUAAGCGAGGAGAGAUGGUGGAAGGUUGGUUCCCUGUCUUGGCUACCGGUCCUGUCGGUGGGGAUACUCAGGUUGGCGACCUCAGGUUGAAGCUACGUGUGGAUGAGGAGAUCAUACUGCCUUAUUCCUGCUACUCGGGCCUUCUAACGACAUUAAACUCUCGCAACUUUCUCGACUGGAUGGCCGAUUGUGAGGCGAAGCUCAAACUCAAGGCGGUCGCUUCCCAGCUCAUGUCGGUCGCCAUCGCCAAGGAUGUCUUUCUGGAGCAGGUGCAAGAACUCGCAUCCAGAACAGUCGACGGAACACCACACUCUCAUUCGACGCUCUUCCGUGGCAACACUACACUCACGAAGGUCAUGGAACUCUGCAUGGCGUGGUACGGGAAGGCGUUCUUGGACUCCAGUAUCGGUGCACCGUUGCGCCGGCUUUGCACUGAGAAAGUUGCUAUUGAAGUCGACCCCGUCCGCAGCGGGAAGGGACCCAAGGACAUCGAGCGGAACGUGGAGACGCUCAUCUACUGGUGUCAAGAGUUCUGGAACCAGAUAUACUCCGUACGAGACGAGUGUCCCAGAGAGAUGCGCAGACUUUUUGAGACAAUUCGGAAGCUUGUGGACCAGCGAUAUCGCGUCAACGCCAGCCAAAGCGAGCAGAACCGAGAACUACCUUGGCAAAGCGUCUCGGCCUUCUGCUUCUUGCGGUUCAUCGUCCCCGCUAUACUUCACCCACAUCUGUUCGGCCUUUACGCCGGGCUUCCUCCCCCUCCUGUACAGAGAAGCCUCACCUUGAUAGCAAAGGUCAUUCAGAGUUUGGCAAACCUCAACGCGACGGUGCAGAAGGAAGAGUUUAUGCGCGGCGUGAAGGACUUCCUGUCAGACAGUCGACCUGCCAUGAUCGACUACCUCCUCGUUGUUUCCGCCGCACCGGACGAAUCCUACGGUCCCUCAACGUCCUCACCGGAGCGACACGCCAGACUCAACAUCAUGCAUUGUCUGCGAACCCGUGGUGCCCAUAUGUCGGUCCUCCAGCGUGAGGCCAUCCCUAUCCUACCGCACCUCCUCGACAUCCCUCGCCAUCUCGCCAUCAUCGCCUCUUCGGUUGUUCGCCACUCACGCGAGUUCCGCGAAGCUGCUGCCCAUGGCAAAGACGGAGAACGUGCUCCGCUGGACGAACUCUGUGCAUGCUGUUUGCAGGUGGAGGAGACCGCCCUCCAGCGUGUCAGCCAGCUGGUCAGCCGCGUAUCCGUCGAGCAACACAGCCAAGCGCGGACGCACGUCGCGAUGCCCAGCGCAUCGACUGUCAUGAGCACCUCGUCCUCCAACGACAGCCCGCCGGCAAGCCUCAGGAGCAAGAGCAAGCAGCGAAAGAUGCAGCGUCCAUCAACCGCGCCGUCAUCUCCGGACACUGAGGACUCCCCCAGACGACGCAUGUUUUGCGAUCCCUUGCCACCCUCCCCAGUGCGUAGGUAUUCUCCGUCUAGCGAGGUGCACGCACGCCCUACGACGGAGAGCACACAUCGCCGCCCGCCGCACAUCAGGGCCACCUCGACAGACUCCAUCCCGUCCAAAGCAUCUCACGACGGAGCUGGCUCGCCGUCCAGAAUGGACUAUGCAGAUGAGCUGAAGCCAAGGAGGGGUCUCUGGCGGGGUAUUCUACGCCUCUGA